AUGAAAAGCCCGAUGAGGAAAGAAAACGGCGUUCGAAGAGAUCAUAUUGACAACUGGCUGAUUCAAUAUACAUUUAAAAGAAGAUAUGUAAUUAAUAAGCCGAGCGAAGAAUUUUACCGGGUGUUUGUGUUGUUUUUAAAAAUAUUCUUUAAAUUAAAUGAAUAA